AUGAAGAAACUGAGGAACAAACAGGCCUGAUGGAGCUGAAAGAGGAGAGUCAAGAACUGAAUGAAACCAAAGAGAAAGAUCAAAAUGAGAAACAGCAUGAUUUCAAACCUGGAGAAAAAUCGAUUGGUUGCUCACAGAAUGAAAAGAAUUCAAAACCAAAAAAAUCUCAAAGUACAACCCUCAAUUCCCAGAUGAGAAUUCACACUGGAGAGAGACCUUUCACUUGCCAACAGUGUGGAGAAAUUUUCAAUAGAAAAGAAAGCCUUAAAGUCCACAUGAAAAUUCACAUUGAAAAGAAACAGUUCAUAUGCUCUCAGUGUGGAAAGAUUUUUACACGGGAAGGUCACCUUAAUAUCCACAUGAGAACUCAUACUGGAGAGAGACCGUACACCUGCAAACUGUGUGGGAAGGGUUUCAUACAAAGUGGAGGUCUUAAGAGUCACAUGAGAGUUCAUACUGGAGAGAAACCUUUCACCUGUCAACAGUGUGGA